AUGUCCCUGAUUCCAUACCACCCUCGCGAGGGUCGUGAAAUCGUUCUCCGCCAUCGCAACACCGUCGUCGUCCGAGAUCCCGACUCCCAGCGCCUCGAGAUUCGCCGCCAGGCAUGUCCGACCUGCCACCAGCUGCUGCCGCAGACCUCGGCCCCUGCGACCAAUCACGGCUACGAGCGGCCGUACGAGGACGCUGGCGACUCCUUUGUCGACCCGGAAUACUUUCGCAUGCUGCGCCGGGGCAACUACAACUUCCUCUCCGCAGCCGGACGCGCCUCCCAGAGUCCGGUGCGGUCGCUGCCGCGACCCGGCUACGACAGCACCGGCCCCGGCGGAUUUCGAUCACCAGAGGUCAUAGACGACGAGGACGAGGACCUUCGCCCUGAGCCGUCGUCGCGACGGAGGGGCAGUCGGAUCCGCCGCGAGGCCUUUAGCCCCAAUUAUUUCAAGAGUUUCUUCACAGAGGAGAGUGUCCUGGGGAGAGGCGGCAAGGGCGUCGUCCUGCUCGUACGUCACGAAAUUAACGGAGUCAGUCUUGGUCACUUUGCGUGUAAGCGAGUGCCCGUCGGCGACGAUGGUGAAUGGCUGGAAAAGGCCCUGGUCGAGGUUGAGCUGCUGGCAAAACUCUCGCAUCCGAACCUGGUUUCGUUCCGCCAUGUCUGGCUGGAGGAUGUACGUCUGAGCCUGUUUAGCCCGCCUGUCGCGUGUGCAUAUAUUUUGCAGCAAUACUGCAACGGUGGCGACUUGCAGUAUCAUGUUGUCGGAGAGGCGCCGACGCAGGCCACCAAGGAGGAGCUCAAAGCCCGGAUGCGUCGCCGGUCCAAGGGCCAGCCCGAACCGCCCAAAAACCUGACUGGGAGCAAGUCGCAGCUCCCGUUUGAGGAAAUCUACUCGCUCUUUAGAGACGUCACGUCUGGCGUCGCCUAUCUUCACGCUGCCAAUUACAUCCACCGCGACCUGAAACCCAGCAAUUGUCUACUACACCAGGAGAACUCAACCGUUCGAUGCUUGAUCAGUGACUUUGGCGAGGUGCAGAUGGAGAAUGCCGCCAGAAACUCGACUGGCUCUACGGGUACCAUUUCGUAUUGCGCCCCAGAGGUUCUCAAGAUGGACCCCGUGACUGGCCGCUUUGGCAACUUUACCACUAAGUCGGACAUGUUUUCGCUGGGCAUGAUUUUGUACUUUAUGUGCUUUGGCAGGCUGCCGUACCGCAGUGCCAAUGCUAUCCAGGAGGAGUUAGAGGACGUGGAGCUGCUGCGCGCCGAAAUUACAGACUGGAAGGGCUUUAAGGAGGAGCGUCGUGAAAGGCCCGACUUGCCCCUCAAGCUGUACGCCUUACUCAAAAAGCUACUGUCGCUUGACCCCGCGGAAAGACCGAGCGCAAAUGAGGUGCUACACGCGAUGAAGAGUGAUAGCAACUUUGACACCCUGGGGCGUCCGGAUCGGGCCAACCCGGUGCUGGGGCCAAUACGCUCCAACCGAGUGCAGAGUCUUGACUCCCCAGCCGGGCCGGGUACUCCAAUACCAGAUGCGGAACAAAACACCAACCGAGGCUCUAGGCUGAAUCAGGGUUUAGAAACCUGGGUGGCCUCGGAGAAUCCAGCAACGGAUGCGGUGUCCGGCCUCGUUGAUGGCCAGGUGAUUGAACAAUCCCUCACAGUGUCUCAUCGAGACGGAAAUGGCUACGAUGAUGGAUCUACAACGCCGACUACCAGGAACGCCUAUGCUCCCUCGCAACGGCGCUUGUCCCAGGACCGCCUCCGCCAGCAGCGCACGCCGACCACGCCGCUGCUGCUGCCGCCGCCACGCAGUCGUUUGGGGGAGAUUGAGCACCGCGUCUCAGUCGCGCUCUACUACGGGGGCCGGGCCUUGGGCGUCGAGACGCAGUCGCUCGUGUACGCCUACCAGCUGGUCGUCUUCAUCGCCAAGGCGGCGACGCUCGCACGGCCCUGCUGGCCGUACGUGGCGAGCCUCCAGGUCGGCGCGCCGCUCCUUGUUGUCGCCACGCUCGAGCUGCUCUUUGCUUCGUCGCCCGUGAGCCACAGCAGCCGACCGCGCGACCGGCACUACCACAUUGGCGGGCUUUUUCAGGCCCGUGGCAUGGGCGUCGUGCUCCUCGCGUUUCACUUUGGCACAUUGUGGCUGGCGAGCCGCUGGGAUGUUCUCUGCAUCAAUGGCCAGCGUCAGGAAUGGGCCGAUUGGUAG